AUGGAUGGCGCGGACGCGGAUGACGCGGAUGGCUCGAAAGAUGCGAAAUCGAUGGUGAUGGACGACGUCGGGGGGUGUCGCGCGGUGAGAGCGAAGGAGAUUCUCGAGGCGAGCGGGUUUAAGCGCGUCGUCAUCGUGCGAGGCGGCGCGAACGCGUGGAAGAGCGCGUGGGAUUCGAACACGCGUCGCCGACAGCUUCCGGGCUCGUUCAGUCGCGGGUUCGACAAUCCCAUGUUUGCCGACAGUAACGUCGUCGCGGAAGAGUUCGGGGCGUCAUCGGAUGACACCGUGUGGAUCGUGUGA